UGUUCAGCUCUCGCUCAGCUCAGCGCGGCCGCAAAAUACAUACGCGAACCGCUUUGAAACCGCGUGGUCUCUCCCGGUGCCCAGUCAUCACCAUCUCUCUGUUUCUCUUGGUCCGCACCGUGGCGAGUGUAGAGAGUGGGUUCAAGAGCAGCUGGUUCCGAGGACUGAUUGAGGACCUCCGUGCAGCGGAUUAGGGGCGGACCUUCUGGAACACACCUGUGGGGCGCAGAACGCCAUUGCAGCCAUGACCAUCGUGCGGCGUCGUAACUUGAUCCGCUGAAGAUAUCUAGGUCAACCAGGCAGGGGAGCGCCCAACUAGCCCGGCGCAAGGUCGUCAACAUGGUGAUCACGUCUACGAACAAGAUGUUUUUGCUGACCUUUGUCCUGUUUGUCCUGUGUGUGGUUCUGUUCUUCGUUCUGGUGUCCCUUCGGAAGAGCGAAAAAACAAGUCAAUGGGAGGCCUUCAUCAACCGCGGGCAGUCUCGGCUGACCGACAGUGGCGAUACCAAUCAUUGGUACUUUGUGAUAAGAGAUCUCGACAAAAUUCGGCACCUAUCGGAGGUGCGUAACAUCGAACGGGCCACGUGGAUCGAAAAGACCGCCGCGGGAUUCGUGCUGCACGGCACCGACUACGAGAUCGCGUUCGAUCGGGUGGUUCCGGGAUUGAAGCACCACCACCCGAUGCACCCCCAGGCAGAGGAGGAAGACUACACGCUGGCACUGGUCAAGCGGAAGCUGUAUCCCUGGGACGUGAAAAGUAAACGAAACGACGAGAAGGGUUGACGGAUUGUUGACAUUUUGACGGUUUUUUUUUAUAAUCUGCGAUUACCAGUUUGUUCAAAAUGACACUAGAGUGGAUUAGGAUUAGGCGUUCAGUGUGUAGCUGGAAUCAUUUUUAUUAACCUCGUGAUAAUGUACAGAUUUUUUUUUUAACAAAUCGUCAGUACUUAAAAUAAAUUUGCCAUGUUUUCAGCCAACAACUCAAAACACACAAAAAACGUUA